CAGCUACAUAAGGCAAGCGAUUGUGAUUUCAAGGAAGUCAGGUUCCGGCCUCGACGGAAUUUAUGAGCCCUGGGGAUGCCAGUCAAGGCCGCUCCAAUAAUCCCAAUCACAAGGCAGCAGCGAAAGAGACACCAGAGACGAGAUGCAAUCCGGAGUUCGAUCAUCGCAGUCCGCCUCAGCGGCAUGGCCCUGCACCAUACCACUGUUUGACUUUAGUCAAGUCUCCAGCCGGCAAGUACUACCGGCGUAUCGAACACACGAAGCUCAAAUCUUCUUACCGAGUGGAACGGGGGCUGCCCUCCGCUCGUUGGUGCGCCAUGUGGGUGCAACCGAAUCUCUAGGCCAUCAAGCUGUGCUACAGGUUCUUCUAGCACGACUCUUGGACAUCCGCGAGGGUUGUAUUGGCAUUGCGGCAUCCCAACAAGGAGACAACAGGGACCCCCAACUGCUCCCCCAUUGUUUCACCAUCGCGCCCCAGGACACUAUCACAGAGGUUAUCUAUCGAGCUUGUUCGGUUCCAAAGGAAACGCUAAACCAUGGACCUACAACACUUGAUGUCCUUCUGAGCCAUGCAUUCGUGCCUCAAUCGACUGCCGAGCACCCUUUGUUUCAGGUGCAAAUGACUUAUAAAGACCAUUAUACUGUCAAUGGGUCUGAAAUGUGUAUCGAGGGUGCUGCAGCUCCCUGCGAUCUAGCUCUUCACUUGACUCGACAACCUGACGGGAUUACCAACAUCAGCCUUCGCGCACCAACCUAUUUAUACUCACUGGAGAGUCUUCAUUUUAUCCUACGAGCCUACUCGGGCCUCUUCGAGUCUUGCGUCCUGAACCCCGAUACCCCUAUCACACAGCAUCGUCUGUACGACGACAACGAUGUUAUGGCAGGGCUUGUUUUUGGAAAGGGUCCUCCGAUGAUCAUAACGGAGACGGCCACACUCUCGAAACGAAUUGAGCAAAGGGCGAAUUCUAAGCCCGAUCAGAUUGCCAUCAAAGAUGCGGAUGCAAACAGUCUCACAUACAAGCAGAUGCAGCAGCACAUCCAGAGGGCAGCCGGCCUUCUUCAAUCGAAAGGGGUCCAAGCCCAGGACUGUGUCGCAGUGUAUUCUAUAUGGCGUCUGAAUGCCAUAUAUGUACCACUAGAUCCGCAGAAUCCUGUCUCUCGACUCCAAUCGAUCCUGGACGACUGCCGCCCUACAGCGAUCAUAUACCAUGACCCGACCGAAGCAGCGAUCAGGGAGCUGAACCUCUAUUCGGGUAUUGCGAUCUCCGCGUCUGAGAUUUAUCUGUAUCCACCCCAGCCGUAUCCCGACGUGUCCCGGUCUGUCUCUGCUGCGUGUGUUCUGUAUACCAGUGGAUCCACUGGAGCGCCCAAGGGAAUUGUACUCAGACAUGUCAAUCUGCUGUAUCAGAUUUUGGCAGUGCGCGAUCGGUUCCAGAUCGGGUGCGAGAUUGUGCUCCAGCAAAGCUCACUUGGCUUCGACGUCUCUCUUGACCAGAUGCUUCAACCUCUUCUUGGAGGCGGCACUCUGGUCGUCGCUCCGCGCCGCAUACGUGGGGACGCCAUCGCCCUCUCUCGGCUGAUGCUGGCUGAGAAGGUCACCUACACCUAUGCCACACCAUCAGAGUACAUGAUGCUGCUGCGCUACGGAUCAGAUGCUCUGCAACAACUGUCCUCUUGGCGAACGGCAUUUGUUGGAGGGGAGGCCUUGCCACGACAUCUGAUUCAAUUGUUCCACGCCUUGCAACGACCUGGUCUGCGACUUAUCAAUCGAUAUGGACCAACCGAAAUCUCUAUUUCAAGCUCGUGUCUGGCUAUCAACACCUUUGACCCUGCCUGUGUUGAGCUACAACCCAUCAGUGUCGGCCGGACUCUGCCCGGUUAUUCAACGUAUAUCCUCGAUUCCAAUGGUUCACCCCUCCCAAUUGGAUUCACCGGUGAAAUUGUCGUUAGUGGUCCUGGAGUUGCCAAGGGCUAUCUCCACAAAGACGCCCUCACUAAACAGCGAUUCCUUCCAGAUCCAUUCGUGGAUGCCCCGAGCCAAAGUUGCGGGGUCAACAUGUAUCGAACUGGGGACAAGGGGCGUCUGCUCCCCACUGGUGAGCUUGUCUAUCUGGGACGGAUUGAUGGCGAUCAUCAAAUCAAGCUACGUGGCUACCGCAUCGAGCUCGAUGAAAUCGCGGAUACGAUCCUGAAGUCUGCGGAAGGACGACUUGCGGAGGCAGUGGUUUCGGUCCGCGGCUUGCAUGACGCUGAAGGAGAUCGUCGCUUCCUCACGGCCUUCGUCGUGCCUUCUGGCAGGCAGGGUCAGGCAGCAGUAAACGUGACGAUGGAGGCUUUAGACGAACUCGUUGCCAACCUUCCACUUCCGCCAUACAUGUUACCACGAAUCAUAAUCCCAGUUGACGAGCUGCCCCGAAAUCCCAAUGGCAAGUUGGAUCGUCGGGCAGUCGACCAGCUACCACUGUCGUUCGAGAACCAACAAGCCAUCUCUUCCACAUUCUCGGAUGCUGAACGUCUUAUCAUCGGGGUCUGGGAGCAGUGUUUAGAUCAGUCCGCUUCUACGGCUGUCUGGAGGCUUGGAACUGACUUCUUCCGCGUAGGGGGCAACUCUUUGUUGAUGGUGAAAGUGCAAGCAUUAUUGCAGCAACACCUCGGACGACAAAUCCCAUUACGCACGCUCUUUCAGUCCAGCACCGUAGAAGAAAUGGCAGCAUUGUUGACAGACGAGCUGACACCGCCCCCCGAUUCGGUCAUUGAUUGGGAGCAGGAAACCCUGCCUGGGUUAGAUGAACAGUAUCUUUGCGACGAAAGAAAUGCAGAGUGCAGCUCUCUGCACGCUGAUGGAGCCAUCGAAGUGUGUCUGACCGGCUCGACUGGGUUUCUGGGCUCUGCGCUGCUGCAAUGUCUGGCGGCGGACCCUCGCGUAGCACGGAUUCAUUGUUCAUAUCGCUCGACUCCGCCGUCAGUCUCCGCUGCUGGCAGUGCCAAGCUGGUCCGCUACAAGGGCGAUCUCACUGCGCCUCGAUUGGGCCUCGACCGCACCUGUUGGCAGGAACUGGCUGCGCGGGUCGACCUGAUCAUUCACAAUGGGGCCGACGUCUCGUUCUUGAAAUCGUACCGGUCAUUGCAUCCGGCUAAUGUGCAAUCCACUCGUGUACUCGCCCAUAUGGCCUUGCGCCGCCGAAUCCCGUUCCAUUUCGUGUCCACUGCCGAUGUGGCUCGGUUGACUGACCUGGAAGCACUCCCUCCGCAAUCGGUGGCGCAAAGCAAGCCUCCUGUCGACGGAGCGCACGGCUACGUUGCCUCGAAAUGGGCAAGUGAGGUGUAUCUCGAAAGGUGUGCAACCCGGUUCCAGCUCCCCUGCGCCAUUCAUCGGCCGACGGAUAUCGUUGGGGAAGGGGUGCAUAGCACCGACUUCAUCCAGGGUCUCAUUCAGUGGUCAGUGCACACGCGCCAAGUUCCAGCCCUGGGCAACUGGACGGGGUUUUUAGAUUUCGUUUCUGUCACAGAUGUGGCAAGGGAUAUCACUCAAGCCGGUUUCCGUAGCCUGGACGCCCGACGCAAUGGCCCCCAGAUGAGUGAUGCACCAUCAUUCCAUCACCACUGCAGCACCAGCCCAGUGCCUGUGGGUCAGUUCCGAGAAUACCUCGAGGAGCGCUAUGGUGUGUCUCUGCGAACGGUGGAUGCAGACACCUGGUUGGAGCGAGCGCGUGAAGAAGGCUUAUCGGGUCUGUUGGAGGGCGUGGUUGCUGCGGCUCUCACCGAUCCUCAACCACAUCGCAUGCCUCGCAUGCUGCACGAGUAA